AUGAACAACUACGAUCCCUCCACCGGCCAGGUCUACCGAGAAUGGACAGUUGCAGGCCGCAUCAGCGCCAGCUCAGAUCAUGACUGGUCGCGGCGGCGGCCGUAUCCCCAGUUCAGGCCUCGCGGUCCCCGGGGCCCGCGGUCUCUGACGGACAUGGCCGUCAAUGUCAUUGCGGACAAUAUCGGGGACGUGUCGGAGGAGCUGCUCGGGGCGAUGCCCGUACAGCUUGUUUGGCGCAUAUGGCGCUUUCUAGAGGCAAGAGGCGUAAGCCUCCAUGCUUGGAAACUGUUCUCAGCAUUGCUCCUUCGGGAAGAUGAUGAGAAGAGCCUCGGGCUCUAUCGGUUUCGACAACACAUCUGCCAUCCCAACGUGAGUGACCUGAAGUGGUACACCAAGCCGCUCACGUCUCUGACGACAGAGUUCAUCACCCACCUCGUGCUGAGCGGCGGCAGCGAGUUCACCGUCCAUGACAUGCUCAGCUUGGCAGACUUGAAGAAUCUAGGCGUGUUGGAGAUCAUCCAGCCGGCCGAUGAGACGGGCGGCUACUUUCCGGAUGUGAGCGACAACCUCAUCCGCGGCUGGACGGAGACGCAGGAUCCCUUUCCCAUGCUGAGGAUCCUGAGGAUCUGGGGCGACCGCUCGACUUCGAAGAACUGCCUGCGCUGGGUCGCCAAGUUCCCCUCACUGGCGCUAUUUGACGUGACGGGCUCCAAGAAAGGCUGGGGCAACCCGAUGGAAGAGGCAGCAGAGGCCGGCUGGACAGUGACGGACCUUUCAGGAGGCCAGGAGAAUUCGCUGCUGAAGAACCUGAUGCUCCUCGUCCCCGAUGAGCACGUCAACAAGACGCGAGACUCGAUAAAGAGCGUCGACGCCGACUUGGUGACGCUCUGCAGCGAUUCCCAGUGUGCCAUCAAGUUUGUCCCCAACCGAGAGGCGCCACCUCUGCUAGACUACCUCACGGACACGGGCAAGGUGUAUCUGCCCUCCUGGGACCCAGAUGCCGCGUUGAGAGAAGCGGGAGCUUGCCACGGCGUUGCUUUUGAGGCAUGGGCCUUUUGGCUCUACUCGUUUCUCGGCCAGCUCAGCGGCGACAUUGACAUGGCGAACCAAGGUCUUUUUGUAGACAAGCAGGCCGUCGCUGGCCCGUUUGUGCUGCCGUCGCGGCCCAUGGCGUGCCUGUUUCUAGGGCACAGCGGGCGAGGAGGUAUCUCCUCGAAGCCGUCCUACGUGAGUCGGGGCUUGUUCUCGACGACGCGAUACAUCUUUACUCGCCAGAUGGAUGCGAGCCGGUACAACAAAGAGAAAUUUGACGACCAACAAGAGGAGGAAAAUGCCCACGGACUUGGGCAGGGGCACAGGCCCGGAAAGUCGAGCCAUGCCCUCAACAACGGGUUUCGCAUGGCCAACCCCCGGCCGACGCAGAAGAGGAAGCUACUGCACGAAAUGCUGCAUUCGCUUUCCCGAUGA